AUGCACGGGGAACACAACGACGGAUACAAGCAAGCGCUCCAGACACACCUCGACCACGCCCAAUAUCAUGGCUAUCCCACUUACGUGAUUGACCGUACCAUUCUCGACGGUCUUUGGACGAAAGAAGCCGCAUUGCUGGAGAUGAUGCUGGAGGCACUCUCCAAACCCAAGAGCGAGCGCUUGAGAUGGAUCUUCUGCCUUUGUGCCACCGGAUUCUCGGAACGACGUACAUUUGUGUUGUAUACCAAAGACUGGAAUGGUCUCAACAAUGGCGUCUUCAUGUUGCGUGUCUCGGAAUGGAGCGUGAGUCUGCUAUCUUCCAUCGUUGCGUAUCGCACUUUCAAGCCGGAGGAGGAUCUUCCCUUUACAGAACAGUCGGCAAUGGAGAAGGUUCUGGAGUUGGAUCAGUACAAAGAUGGUGCAGUCGAAUGUCCUCCGCGGUGGUUCAAUUCGUAUCCAAACGAUGGCGACGAAUCCAACAUAAACUUUCAUCAUGCACCGGGCCAACUUCUAGUACAUUUCGCGGGCAUUGAAGACAAGUCCAAAGCGAUAGGCGAAUGGGUAAAGAAGCUCGAGACAGAUCGUGAGAAGUGGGAGAUGCCUCUUUCUCGCACGAAUUAYGAGCAGCGGAUUGCAGAAUUCUGGGAUGGGUUCGAAUCGGGAAGCGAAAUGGGGCAAGAUGCUGGAGAACAACCCCAAAGGAGGUCGAGGCGAAAGGCACCUAGGGUAUGA